AUGGCGUCACUGUCCAGGCGGCGUGUCGCCAUAAUCACCGGUAUCACCGGACAGGACGGGUCGUACCUUGCGGAGCUGCUCCUUAGCAAGGGAUACGAUGUGCACGGCGUCAUUCGGCGGUCUUCGUCCUUUAACACGGGCCGCAUCGACCACAUCUAUCGCAAUGAGCAUCUCACGCUCCACUACGGCGACAUGACAGACGGCACGGUGCUGCACCACCUCAUUGCGCAGCUGAAGCCCGACGAGGUGUA